AUGGUGUUAGCCGAUCUUGGACGUCGGAUCAACGCAGCUCUAGCUAAAAUUAAUAAGGAGCCUGUAAUCGACGAAAAAGUACUUGAUGCUGUGUUGAAAGAAAUCUGUCAUGCACUUCUGGAAGCUGACGUAAACGUUCGCUUAGUCGGAACUUUAAGAAAUAAUGUAAAAACUGCCGUGAACAUUCAAGAACUUGCCGCUGGAAUUAAUAAAAGGAGAGUCAUACAGAAAGCUGUUCUGGAUGAACUUUGUCAACUUGUUGAACCAGGUUGCGAACCAUAUAAACCGAAAAAGGGUGCAAUCAAUAUUAUAAUGUUCGUGGGUUUACAAGGCAGCGGUAAAACAACAACGUGUACAAAAUUGGCAUACCAUUAUCAACGAAAAGGUUGGAAAGUAUGCCUAGUAUGUGCUGAUACGUUUCGUGCUGGUGCAUUUGAUCAAUUGAAACAAAAUGCUACUAAGGCAAAAAUACCGUAUUAUGGAAGCUACACUGAGACAGAUCCCGUUCAGAUAGCUCAUGAAGGUGUUGAAAAAUUUAAAAAAGAUGGUUUUGAAAUAAUAAUCGUAGACACUUCCGGAAGACAUAAACAAGAAGCAGAAUUAUUUGAAGAAAUGAAGCAAAUUUCUGCUGUAGUUAAUCCUGAUAAUACCAUUUUUGUAAUGGAUGGAACAAUCGGUCAAGCUGCUGAAUCUCAAGCAAAGGCUUUUCAUGAAGCUGCUGAUAUUGGAUCUAUUAUAAUAACUAAAAUGGAUGGUCAUGCAAAGGGCGGUGGGGCUAUAUCAGCUGUUGCUGCAACUCAUAGUCCAAUUAUUUUUAUUGGUACCGGUGAACACAUUCAUGACUUGGAAAGAUUUGAACCUAGGCGAUUUGUUCAAAAAAUGCUGGGUAUGGGUGAUAUGACCGGACUUUUUGAAACUGUACAGGAUUUAAAAUUAGACCAGAACAAAAACUUGAUGAAAAAUUUGGAGCAGGGUAUUUUUACUAUCAGAGAUAUGUAUGAACAAUUUCAAAACAUAUCAAAAAUGGGUCCAUUAUCGAAAAUGAUGCAAAUGAUGCCAGGUAUGUCUGAGAUGAAUCUUGAAGGUUCUGACGAACUCGGUGCACAACGAAUUAAAAGAUUGAUGACUAUUAUGGACAGUAUGAGUGAAUCAGAACUUGAUUCUGAUGGUAAAAUUUUUAUACAACAGCCUGUUCGCAUACUGCGUGUGGCACAAGGUUCCGGUACAACAGUUAGAGAGGUCGAAGAACUUCUAAUACAGCACAAGGAAUUCCAGGGAAUGGUAAAGAAGUUUGGCGGUAACAAAGGAUUACUCAAAGGAAUGGGUUCAGGAAUGGAUGCAAAGAUGUCUCCUCAGCAAAUGCAACAGAAAAUGGCACAGAUGCAAAAGUUACUUCCUCGCGGAGUACCAGGUGUGAACAAUAUGAUGCGACAAAUGAUGGGUGGCUUAGGAGGAGGUGGUGGUAUGCCAGAUUUAAGCCAAAUGCAAAACAUGAUGAAACAAAUGGGUCUUGGUG